UCAGGUGCCAGCCGAGUUGUCGUUGCAGAGAGAAGAAAGCUGUCAGAGAAAGGAAGAUGGCGAGAGGCAGUCGGAAUCUGCGGAAAGUUGCCGAGUGUUUAAAGCAGUUACCAUCGGUUACCGGCCGAGAAAUACAGAGUAGAAACAACGUCAGAUACCUGUCUUCAUGUGGAAUCUUGAUGAUCCGUGUUCCUCCUCUACUGAGUGCAACCAUGCCGGGCCACGGCACCAUGCUUCCUUCACGGAGCUUCUUCAACCUUGCCGAUUCCUUGUCCAAGAGAAAAGAGUACUCAGAGAGACGUAUCAUUGGGUAUUCCAUGCAGGAGAUAUAUGAGGUUGUGGCCGGUGUGGAGGAUUACCGCCUCUUUGUUCCCUGGUGUAAGAAGUCUGAUGUGGUCUUCAAACGGUCUGGAUUCUGCAAAGCCAAACUGACUGUGGGUUUCCCCCCUGUGGUGGAGAAUUACACGUCUCUCGUCACCACAGUACGCCCCCACAUGGUCAAGGCAUCCUGUUCAGAUGGUAAACUGUUCAACCACUUGGAGACAGUUUGGCGUUUCAGCCCCGGCCUCCCUGGUUACCCUCGGACCUGCACGGUGGACUUUGCUAUCUCCUUCGAGUUUCGUUCCCUUCUCCACUCCCAGCUCGCUCACGUCUUCUUCGAUGAGGUGGUGAAGCAAAUGGUGUCAGCAUUCGAGCGUCGCGCCUCCAAGGUAUAUGGCGCUGAGACGGCCAUCCCUCGUGAACUCAUGUUCCACGAGGUUCACCACACGUAGCACCAGCAGGGCCACCCCGCACAAACGCAGACUAACACAAUGCCAAAAACACAUAAGAGACUACCUGUAUGCCUUCGUCCCAGCAAUGAAACUACCUACUGUCUCGUUUUUUUAAGAGCCAAUAUGGACCCACCGACUGAUUUCACCUUGGUGCGAAUGCAAAAUUUAACUUUGAUCUGUGCCUGGUUGUGAAACUGACCUGACAGGUUGAGGGUGCACUAUGUCAAGUUAGUGCGUCACCAGAUCUGUAAACAUUAGUGACGUCCCCACAGCAGACCAGGUGGUACACCACUGAAAUCAGAGGUGUAGUAGGAAUAAAAACAAAAAUGCUAAUGCUAACAGUUAUGUACAAAUAUCAGUCUACAGAAAAAUAGUUUGCUCCCACACAUUAUGAAAGGAACCAGAAAUAAUGCUUUAGAUUAUUUAACAUUUUAUAUUGGUCUAAAAACAGGGUUCGGUGCGUUUCUAAUCAAAACUAAUUAAACUGAAUAGAUAAGACACAGUGGGACAUUUUACACAGCGCUUGUCACCAUUUUCUGACAUUUUACCAACUAAACAACCAAGUCAAUCAUUAAAUGCAACUGCAGCUUUUGAUCAGUUCUAGUAAUAAUAUUAGUUGCCUUGCUGCCUUGUUAGCAUAAAUAAUAUCAAGUGCCAUUUGGCCUGAACAAGUUAGCGCCGGCUGUUUGCUGCUGGCCUAAACUAGAUAAUGUUAAAUCUCUAAGCUUAGAUAGACAAGUAAUAUUAGAUGCCUCGUUAGCUUAAACAAGCUUAUGUUAGCCUCUACAUUGCCCUGGAUAUUUUAAAGCUGGCUGCUGUGUUAGCUUUAACAGUUAUGUGUUGCAUUGGCCCAAUAAAUGACUAGCCAUUAGCCUUAUUUAGCUUUAUUUCUCAGAUGGGCCAGUCACUUUUUAAUGUUACUAAACUCUCUUCAUUGUCAAAAGAGCCCCACUGGACAUUAACAUGUCAGCUGAGAAUACUUUUUGUUUUGUGCAAUAUUAGAAAUACAGUAAGUGCUAUUUUUUUUAAAUGCAUCAAAACAGGCGUGUCAAAGUCUUGAUGUUGAUUCAAGGACCCAAACUGGCUGCUUGGUGACACCUCUGUUUGAUAGAUUCAGGCCUAGGUCUCAGUCAGGACGACAUUUCUGUCUCUGAGCUGCUCCAUCUGCUGGCAGCGUAUUUAUCUCUACAUUAAAGCAAUAUUAUACCCAUUUUAAACUAUUUAUUAGCAAGUUUAAGUUUCAGAGCCACAUUUAAUGUUGAUCACAAAUGUUAUCUGUGGCUAAGUGUUGUUGAAGUGUAAAUAUUAAGUUGUCGAAAGUUUUUAAAAAUGGUGUGUCGUGACAUUUAAUGAGGUUUGUGUUUGAUGACUUGUACCGACUGCAUGAUUUAUAAACUUUUUUUUUUUAACAAA